GAUUUUCAGGUUAAGCCUCAUAGCUGGCUCAGAGCUGGCUCGCUCAUCUCCUAGCCGUUCCUCCACCUCCCUCACUUUCUCUCUCCUCCCUCAUCCAAGGUACCACUCUCUCUCUCUCCAUCAAUCAUCAAUGUGCCUGCACAUUUAGAUACAGAUGUAUUGUAAUAGUUGAAGGAGACCAAGAAUCAACAGAGAAAAAUACAGAGGAGGGUUGUGGUGGUGAACACGUUGUUGUCUUCGCUGGAGAAGAAAGAUGAGUGCUUCGAGGUUCAUCAAGUGCGUCACCGUUGGCGAUGGAGCUGUUGGCAAGACUUGUAUGCUUAUCUCCUAUACCAGCAACACCUUUCCCACUGAUUAUGUGCCGACUGUUUUUGACAAUUUUAGUGCAAACGUGGUUGUGGAUGGGAGCACUGUUAAUUUAGGACUUUGGGAUACAGCAGGUCAGGAGGAUUACAAUAGAUUAAGACCCCUGAGCUAUCGAGGGGCUGAUGUCUUUAUACUUGCAUUUUCUCUGAUUAGCAAGGCUAGCUAUGAAAAUAUAUCAAAAAAGUGGAUUCCUGAAUUGAGGCAUUAUGCUCCUGGAAUUCCAGUAGUUCUUGUUGGAACAAAGCUUGAUCUUCGAGAAGAUAAGCAGUUCUUUGUAGACCACCCUGGUGCUGUGCCCAUUACAACAGCUCAGGGAGAGGAGCUGAAAAAGCUGAUUGGAGCUGCUGCUUACAUUGAAUGCAGUUCAAAAACCCAGCAGAAUGUGAAGGCUGUUUUUGAUGCGGCCAUUAAGGUGGUUCUCCAACCACCAAAGCAGAAGAAGAAAAAGAAGAAAAGGGGACAAAAAAAUUGCAGUAUCUUGUAAGAAUUCUUGAGGAAAGUGAAGAUGACCACCACCAACUCGCUGAUUACCCCAUAGUUUCUUGAUCCCUCUGUUUUAUCUUUCCACCUCGACGAAGCAGCAAGCUGUGGUUUAUAGUCUCAACUGAUGACUCCACUUGACACUCCUUUGCAGCGUCAUGUGGUUGGUUGUCACUUUGUGAGUUGUGUUAUGAUUUGUAUAUUAAAUGAUUCAAAUUAUGUGCUUGGUAAUGUCUUCAAAACUUAUAUUGCUUCUUGUCUAGAUUUGCAUUAUGUAUUAUUAACUAGAUUGUGGAAGAUCCAUAUUAUUAAAGGAACCAAAUAGUUUGUGUUUCCUUUUGUGGGACACAAUAGAGUUUAAUUCUGUUUUUAUGCUGAUGUAGAAUACUUGAAGAGCUGUGUGGUUAUGCAAUUGAUUUGUUUUAUA